AUGACGAACGGGUCGGAUAAUAAUAAGACUGGGUUCGAUGUGAAUGUCUGGGAUAACAAGACGUGGCACUCUAUACCGUACUAUGAUGAACGCAACCCAAUAGCUAGUCCCGAAGAGCAAAAGGUGGAUACUCCAUCCACCGAGGUUGAUAAAUUUGGUACAGAUGACGAGAGAAUCGAGUGUUUGAUAGUGGCCACCAAGGCACCCAUCACCAUCAAAGCACUGUCAACUGUCAGCCAUCGAUUAACUCCAGAUUCGACUAUCCUCUUCCUUCAGAAUGGCAUGGGGAUCAUCGACGAAGUGAACGAGAAAAUAUUUCCAGACGCAAGUCUCCGCCCUCAUUACCUACAAGGCAUCGUAUCACAUGGCGUGAAAAUGAGAAAGCCUUUUCACAUCGAAUAUGCCGGCUUGGGUACCACCAUCAUUGGGAAACAACUGUCGUCCAUGAACCAGUCGACAAUCGAGUCAACGAUCGAAUCGACAGUCGACACAAAGCCUCCAAUGGCAGGCUGGGCUCCAUCCACGACGUACCUCGCACGCACUUUAACUUUAACGCCACCAUUAGUGGCAGCCGUCAGACCCCCCAUGGAUUUAUUCCAAAGCCAACUCGAAAAACUAGCCAUGAACUGCGUCAUAAACCCACUGACGGCAUUGCUGGAUGUGAAAAAUGGCGAGCUCCUUUACAAUUAUUCCAUGACUCGCACAAUGCGAAUGUUACUCGCCGAGAUAUCAACAGUCAUUUGCGCAUUACCAGAACUUGACGGCGUGCCGGGAGUAAAGGAGCGGUUUUCAGUCGAACGAUUAAAGACGUUGGUCAAGAGACUGGCCAAUGCAACUGCUGCAAACACGAGCUCCAUGCUUCAGGAUAUAUAUGCAAUGAAAACGACGGAGGUUGGCUAUAUUAAUGGAUAUAUCGUUCGUCGAGGGGAUGAGUUGGGUAUUAGGUGUGCACUAAAUUAUAUGAUUAUACAGCUCGUGAUGGGAAAGAGUCAUAUCUCCAAACUCAGAGAAGCAGGUGCAGUACCGCUUAGUCCUUUGGAGGCAGAAGAGAUGGACGGCGAAGAGGGCUUAUGA